AUGUACCCAGGAACCAAGUGGUGUGGCCCUGGAAACGUGGCCAGUGGCCCAGAUGACCUGGGUCCGGCUAGGAAGACCGACGCCUGCUGUAGGGACCACGACACCAAGUGUGACAUCUACAUCUUGUCCAAAGAGACUAAAUAUGGCGUCACUAACAACGAGUUCUACACGGUAAAGGAAUGCCUAGAAAGAACUAGACAAGAAAGAGGGGGGGGGGAUUUAUUAGGGGAAAUUAUAAAAGUUAAAGUAAUUACUGGUGAGAAUUUCGUACAGAUUCUAGAGAAGUGGCCAUGGAUGGAGCUGGAAGGGACUUGA